AGGGACUUAGAGUGUCACCUACACAUACACCUCCUCCCUCCGUGGCCCCCGGGCAAGUCCAGGCUGCAACCAGGAGAGGCCUGGCAGGGCCUCCUGGGAGAGGACGGCCCUGCUCCUCUGUGGGCAUAAAAGGGCUCCAGGUGGGGCAGGGAGCAGCUGCCACCCACACCAUGAAGCCGGCCGGUGCUCUCCUGCUUCUCUGCGCUGCCUUGCUCCUGAUCUCAGGCGGAGAUUGUAAAAUUUGCUCGUCUGUGAAGCACGAUGUCACCCUGUUCAUCAAGGGCACCCCUGACGAGUAUGUCCAGCAGGUGGCCCAGUACCAAAACGAGACUAUAAUUUUGGAAAAUGCCAGAAGCCUGAAGGAGUGCGUGGAUGCGAAAUUCACAGAAGAUGACAGGACAAAUGCUAUCAAUGUGCUGAAUAAAAUAUACUCCAGUCCUUUGUGUUAACGGAGCCAUCUCUGCCAGGAGCCCCACGGAUGUCCCUUAACUGAUCACCGACUCAGUAAUCUCGGCGGCCUGCCCCGUCCAGGGGUCUGAUUAGAGGAUUCCCAGCAAUAAAAGCCUUGCAAUUUA